UCUUUCGCCGCCCCAGGGGAUCCAGUAACAUAUGUAAAUGGCUUGUGUUUCAGUUUUUAUUAUGCGAGUUCAGCACACCUAAGUGGUCUCCGAAUCGCGUGCAGCCCCGCGCCGAGGCUUGGCGGCUGAAGUGCAGAGGCAAGCCUUUGUUUGUUCGGCUCACAGUGUCUGUCGGCAGCGGAGCGGUUAGGGUUGGGUUGAGGGGGUGAGGGUAGGGCGGGUGCUUCUGUCUGUUUGUGCCGUCUGCUAGGACAUCUCAAGCUCACAAUGGGCCGGGCGGACUUGUUUUGUGUUUUGAUUGCCUUGUGCAUCUUCUCGCAUUCGUUCGAUGGAUUAGACGCCGCUUCUGCCCACAUUCACUCGCAUGAGCGAGAGGCAGACGGCGCCCUCCUACCGGAGGAGCACAACCGCAUACACAGAGAGCACCAAAGUCACUCUGAGUUCGACCAUGAAGCCAUUCUUGGAAGUGCCAAGGAGGCCGAAGAAUUUGAUAACUUGUCUCCCGAAGAGUCGAAACGCAGAUUAGGCAUUCUUCUCACUAAGAUGGAUGUGAAUGGGGACAAACACAUUGAUCGCUCUGAACUACAUGCAUGGAUCAUGCGAUCCUUUAAAAUGCUUUCAGAAGAAGAAGCUGGAGACAGAUUUGAGGAUGCUGAUGAAGAUAACAAUGGAUUUGUUACUUGGUUGGAGUAUGCAAAAAAUUCUUUUGGAGAAGACACAGAUUUUUCUGAUGACCACUUGGAAGGUGCCCACGAAAAGCUCAUGAAAAAUGAAAAAGUCAUGUUUGAGGCUGCUGAUAGUAACAAGGAUGGCAAGCUAGAUCGUUUAGAAUUCCUGGUAUUCCAAUUUCCUGAAGAAAAUCCUGCCAUGCACCCUCAUGUUUUAGCUCAGACUUUAGAAGAAAAAGACAAAGACUCUGAUGGUUUUAUUAAUUUUGAGGAAUUUCUGGACAGAAAAGAGGGUGACUCUCCAGAGAAAGAAUAUCUUAUAGUGCAAGAACAAAAGUUCAAUGGUGAGUUUGACAAAGAUGGUGAUGGGCGACUGAACUCUGCUGAAAUUUUAUCGUGGAUCACCCCUAAUAAUGAUGACAUUGCAAAGGAUGAAGUGGACCACCUGUUUGCUAGUGCUGAUGAUGACCAUGAUGACAUGCUUUCAUUUGAAGAGAUUUUGGAGCACCAUGAUGUCUUUGUGGGAAGCGAAGCCACUGACUAUGGAGAUCACCUUCAAAACAUGCAUCUCUUUGAUGAGCUGUAGGGUAGGAGGGUAGCACCUCUGCUGAUCAUUCUACUUCUAGUUGCUUAUUUGGAUUGCAUCGCUUUCUAAGAAGGAAGACUGUUCUUAGUAUACAAAAUGGGCUAUUUGUUUGCCAUGAUGAUUGAAGAAUCAUUAAGGGGGAGUUAAAAUAAUCUGUUUAGUGUGCUACUCUAUUUGAAAGUUGAGUCAGAUUUUCUUCUAUGGUUUUCUUUCAUCAUCUCAAUUAUCUUACCCUGUACUAUUUGAUCAUGUAUUUUCAGACACUAGUCAGGAGGCUCAUUAGUCAGUGUACUCCUGAUAUCAGACCAAGUUGUGAUGUACUAGUUAUAUAAGGGUGACUGAUAAGUCUGAUUUAUUUCUUGAACGCACCUUUUUAUGUUGAACUAGCUCUCUGCAUUUGUUUUAUCUGGAAACCCUGUUGUUUCUGAAGACAGGCUAUUUAUUUAUUUAUCUAUUUAUUUAUUUAUUGACUACACUGCAGCAUUUUUACCAAGAUGAAGUGCAUCAGUAUUUCUUUUGUUGACCUAUCCAAGUUAGUUACUAUUGCUUCACUUUUCUUCAUUGUAAUGUUCUUGUAAAUUUUCAGAUAUAAUUUAAUUUUUUGUCAAUUUCUCUCUAACCUAGUGCCAAUUACAUUUAUUGGGUCAGUAUUUUACCUGGUAAAUCCCUAGUUUAUCAGUAAUGCCAAAGUUUGCAACUAAUAUGAGAUGUUUUUUACUUGAUUUGUAACUUUAUUAGGAAAAGUAAGUCAGACAUUUGUUCAUGAAGUGUAAGCAAGUGUUUGAGUAAUUGAAAAAAAAAAUUAAAUGGUGUGAAGUUUUUAAUA